AGCCAGGCAGGGAAGCCAUUGCCUGUUUAAUAGUUGCUGUUGCAGCACUUCCGCUUCUCUCCCUGCGAGAGACACACGAGUGGCCAGGCCCAGCCGCACCGAGGAGGAGCAGCCAGACACAAAGGGAGAGGUUUGGGUGGAGCUAUAGUGGGGGGGAGCUAUGUCGGAUGACGAUUCAAGGGCUAGCACCAGCUCUUCUUCAUCUUCAUCCUCCAACCAACAGACUGAGAAAGAGACAAACACACCUAAGAAGAAAGAAAGUAAAGUCAGCAUGAGUAAAAAUUCCAAGCUCCUUUCCACCAGCGCAAAAAGGAUUCAAAAGGAAUUAGCUGACAUCACCUUAGAUCCACCUCCCAACUGCAGUGCUGGCCCAAAAGGUGAUAAUAUCUAUGAAUGGAGAUCAACAAUUUUAGGACCUCCAGGUUCAGUGUACGAGGGUGGCGUUUUCUUCCUGGACAUCACAUUUACACCAGAAUAUCCCUUCAAGCCUCCAAAGGUUACCUUUCGAACAAGAAUCUAUCACUGCAACAUUAACAGUCAAGGAGUGAUCUGUUUGGAUAUAUUAAAAGAUAACUGGAGUCCAGCAUUAACUAUUUCUAAAGUUCUUCUUUCAAUUUGUUCACUUCUCACAGAUUGCAAUCCUGCUGAUCCCCUUGUUGGAAGUAUUGCAACUCAGUAUAUGACUAACAGAGCAGAGCACGACAGAAUGGCCAGACAGUGGACCAAGAGAUAUGCAACAUAAACUGGAUUUUUGUCAUAUCUUUGUGUUAAAUCAUCUGUGACAGAAAGAGCUGCUUAUGAUUUUGAAGGGGUGGGACAGGGAAGGGGAGAAACUGAAAAAGAGUAGGGUAUUUCUAUAACAGAAUUUAUUCAGUCUUUUAUUUCCUGAAAUUUUGUUGUUGUUACUUAAGGUAUCUUGCUACAGUAGACAGCUAGAAUGGGACUAGCAUAUUUUAAGACUGUCAUUAGUUCAGCAAUAGUAGCUCUGCUAUAGCACCAAGAAGAAUGUAAACUAAUCUGACAAUUGGAUGAGGGUGGGAAAGGAUGUUUGGUUGCAAUAGAUUAAAAAAAAAAAUACAACAGCUUAAUUUAGGGGUACAUAUAUUUGGCAUUUCUGUAAAAAAAUUUUGCAAGAAGGCUUGCAAUUUAAUUUUCUUUUAACUUGAUUUUAUUUGUAAAACAAUAUUGGGAAUAUUUUCCCUAGGGGAGGUGGGAGUUUCAUAUUUAACACAUCUUUUACAAGACUACCCUUUCAUUAAGUUCAAAUAUAGGGGUGCAGCUAGAUUGUCAUCUCCCCUAGCAUAGGGAAAAUAGUUCAUGCAUUCAUUUUUCUAUGCCAAGUUACCUUUGUGAAAAUAAAGGUUUUAAAUGGACUUGGAGCAACCUGUAGUGAAAUACCUUAAGCUGUUUAACUGUAAGGCGUGGAAUAGGAGUUACUCAGUGGAUUGGUUGUAUGUUGUGGGCUAUCUAAGUCUGCAUUUGUUACUGUGCUAAUAAAAAUAUGUACAAACCCCCUA